GAUAAAUUUGCUCUUCCAUCAAGUGUCCCGAGACGAGUCAAGCUUGCCUGGCAGAUCUUUACAAAGGGCCACUGUCCGAUCGUAAGAGACAUUGAGGUAAAAAAGACACGAAGUUAUUUAGGUGCAGCCAAGAGAUGGAUAACUUUCCCCGAGGACGAGUCGAUCGUACGUAAACGCACGGUUGUGCAGGAGCAACAAUACGCGUACUUAAUUUCGAUUAGACGUCAGACUUCUUGACAGAAUAAUUAGCGGUUUGUCCUCCGUCUCAAGCAAAGGUCUUUCCGGCGGAAGUGUUUUUACCGAAGGUACAAAUGAAAUACGACGUUGAGCCCAAGUUGCUGCCGCGUAAUGUCGAAAUGGAGAGAAGACGACGAGCGUACAAGAAUGUGAAAAUAGAAGACGCUCUAGAAGCGGAGGGUAUCAAGCCUCGUGAUAUAUUACCGCUCGAUAAAAUUCGCCCGUUGCUCUCACACGAAGAGAAAUACGACUUGUACUCCAAAGCGAACUACUUACCGUUGGAGGUGUUCGACGAUGAGGAAUACGAUUGUAGAACGGCGGAAGAAUGGAUAAAUUUCGGCAUCAUCGAUGGUAUUCGUUAUCCGUUACCGGCUACGGUGUUUAUCGAGAAGGCUGCGCAAAUGAACAGGAUACUUUAUCGAGACCGUCACACGUUGGACGAGUUGUUCAGCUGGACUGAGGCUGCCGUGAUGGACUACAACAGUGAGAAGAAAGUUUGGACCGUUCUCGCGUUGGACGGUUCCAAGCGAAAAUUUGUCCUACCCAGGAUAUACGUUAGAUUCCAUGGGGAAGAUUCCAGAAAAUUCGUCCAGAGAGUAGCAGCCGCCGUUAAACAAAGACGGAUAGCCGAAGCUACUAUUAAGUUAAUUUGCACACAUUAGC